ACACACAGCGGGAAAGGGAGGGUGCGACCACGAGCUGUUCUUACGAGGCAGGAGGGGCAUGUUUACUCGCAAAGGCGUCUUGGUCACGUGCGAUGUACCCAUGAAACAACUCAUUAAGCACCUCGACCCUGGGAACCGUGCCAUCAUUCAAGAUCUAGACGAGACACACCUCUUCGUGGACGCCAAUGCCGUGAGCACAAUCAAACGGGAGAUCGAAAGCUUCGUGGACAAGCACGUAUACGCCCCUACGCCUGACGAGCAGGCUCGGAGUGGCAAGCCGGGCAGAUAGAACGCUCCUACUCCCCGCCCUCCCUCCUACUCUCCGCCCUCCCUGCCAAAGCCUCUGGCAUCCGGGCAUGUGGAGACAGGAGGGCGCGUGCUUGAAGACGUGGCGGAGGGAAGACAGCCUGAGGGUGGGAGGUAGAGGAGGAGUGCUUCCCACACGGGACAUGAAGGGGGCACAUUCCGUCGUGGUGGCGCGGGCAUGAUGGUGGACAACCGGGGGGCCAAAGCACAUACAAAAAUCACAUUAUACAUUAUACACGUUAUAAAGCUCAGCCCUGUGAUAAAUGUCUGCAAACGCUCGGAAGGAACCCUGGCAUUCGAAUGGCCCUUUGGCCAGUGCCUCCUUCCAUCCCCAUCGCGCGUCGUCCGUAGUCAUCGCCCCCACAACGCUCUUUUCCCCCCGGCACUCCCGAACCUCCCUUCCCCGCACAUGAUCCGCUCCCAAAAGCAACAAAUUCCGAGCCCGGGCAUGCGCAUGCCCGCCUCUUCG